AUGGCAGCUGGAAAGAUGUGUAGUAGGCCAAAAAAACAGGAGACAGCAGAGUGGACCAGUUUAUUUCAAAACGAACUGAAAACUGAAGAAAAGUCCCUGGUCUUUGUGAAGCGAAUGAUGGCCCUCGCCGUUUCUUCCAUCACAUAUCUCAGAGGAAUAUUCCCGGAGGACGCCUACAGAUCUCGAUAUCUAGAAGAUUUAUGCAUCAAAGUUUUACGAGAAGACUGCACAACACCUGGUGUCUGCAAAAUUGUAAAGUGGCUGAUGGGGUGCUUCGACGCAUUAGAGAGAGGAUAUCUUCAGGUUGUCUUCAUUGGGGUCUGCACCAAUCCAGAUAAUCCCAACUGCAUCAUCGAGUCAUACCAGUUCAAGUUCACAUACACAGACAAAGGACCACAGAUGGACAUUCUGAGAAACCAGAAUGUGGAGAUGCAGAUCACAAUGGAGGAUACCAAGAAGGCCUCUGUCCUCUUGAUCAGGAAGCUGUUUCUCCUCAUGCAGAACUUGGACGUGCUCCCCAAUGAUGUCUGCCUCACCAUGAAGCUCUACUACUUUGACGACAUCACCCCUGCUGACUAUGAGCCUCCAGGUUUCAAGGAGGGGGUGAACGACAACCUGUGGUUCGAGGGCAUGGCGGUGCACUUCAGAGUGGGUGAGGUGCACACCCCUUUCCACACCCUGAAGGUGAGGGUGGCGGCGGAGCAGGGCCGUGUGGAGAAGCUGCAAGAGGGGAACUACCUGAAGGAGAAUCAGGUCUCCACGGCUACGCAGAGCACUCUGUUAGGGCUGGCGCCAACCGGUGCACAGGAUCCAGACAAUGAGAGAUACAAAGAAGAUGACUUUCCCUCUGAAGAUGAGUCUGCACAGUUCAAGAAACCCAAGAAACCUGUGGCAAAGGUAAGUGAGUUUGUGGGCAGUUGGUUGGUUGUGAUCAACAAUGGUUUUUGUGUUGUGUUUUUGGAAGAAAAGAAGAUAGAGCUGCAUGGGUGACCAACAGCACAAUGGUGU